AUGGAUGACUUUGAUGUGGAUAUGAAAAUACAUGAUAACACAAUGGAAUUCAUUGCUGUUAAGGAAGAAGGCACAGAAGAGAAUGGUAAGGAUGAAUACCAGAAUGUUAAGGAAGAAUUUAUUGAUGGUAGUGAAGAAGACACUACUAUUUAUAUAAAAACUGAAGAUGGAACUCUAGUGUCUAAAGAAGUCAGAAGUCUAAGUGAGGAAGCAUUUGAGAAUGAUUCAGUAGAGGAUUGUGAUGAAGAGAAUACUAUCUGUAUAAAGACUGAAGAUGAAAAUCUAGAAGGAGAAACUGUUGGGCAUUUUGAAGAUGGGAAUGCUAUCUUUAUAAUGGAAGAAGAGGAAGAUGCAAAAGAUGAAAAUUCAGUGUCAGAGAAAUUAAAAGGUUCUGAUGAAGAAGCAGCUGAAAUUUACCCAGAUAUUUAUAUGUCUGAUGAUGAAGAUCCCUUGUCAUUGAAGUCAGAGGAUCAUGUGAAUACAUGUUCCUCUGGUGGUCAGCGUGUACGAUCACUUAAGAAUGAGGCAAAAGGGAAACAUUCAUGUGACAUAUGUGGUAAGAGAUUCCCUAUUAUGAGUAGGCUUUUGCGUCACAUGAGGAUACAUAAAAAGGAGAAACCUGAUAACAGUGAAGUAUGCAAGCAAGUAUCUAAUGAAAAUGGUUUCUCGAAAUAUACAGACACAUGUACCAGUGAUGGGCCUUUCAUCUGUGACGUAUGUAAUAAGUCAUUCACCUUAAAAGAUGAUAUAGUGAUGCACAUGAGAAUACACAGAAAGGAGAAACCUUAUGUAUGUGAUGUAUGCAAUAAAGUAAUAUCUGGAAAAAGUGGUCUAGAGAAGCACAUGAGAGUACACACAAAGGAGAAACCUUAUAGCUGUGAGGUUUGCAGCAAGACAUUCUCUCAGAAACCCCAUCUAGAAUCCCAUAAGACUACUCACCUAAAAGUUAAACCUUUCAACUGUGAGGUAUGCCAAAAGCCAUUCUCCUGUAAAAGUAGUAUCAGGAAGCACAUGAGAUUACAUUCAGAUAAGAAACCUUUCAAUUGUGAAGUUUGUAAGAAGGCAUUCACGGUGAACUAUCAUCUAGUGGACCACAUGCGUGUACAUUCAGAGGAGAAGCCUUUUUCUUGUGAUAUGUGCACAAAGGCCUUUGCUAGGAAAGAUGAUUUAGCAAGACAUAUGAGAAUACAUACACAUGGGAAGCCUCAUAAUUGCAGUGUAUGUAGUAAAUCAUUCACACGGAAACACAGUCUAAGGGUGCACAUGAGGUUACAUACAAAAGAAAAACCUUACAGUUGCGCCACAUGUAGUAAGGCUUUCUCAGAGAAACGUAAGCUAGCUAAGCACUUAGAAGUACAUGCAAAAGAAAGAGCCUUAUAAUUGAGAAAUAUGUAACAGAACUUUCUUUUAACCACUUUGUGGUGAAUUUCAUAAAAUUACACCAAUAUUUAAGGCCAUUUAUUAAUGAAAGAGGUGUAAUGGAGCAUUUUCAUAGGAAAUAGCACUAGUAGUACAUGACUUUACAUUUCAUUCCUUUGAAGGUCCCUUGGGAUACUUAUAUUACAGUGACAGAGGACAUGUAUUUUGGUGUCAGCUACAUCAAAACCCAGCCAUGUCCCCUUUUCCUUCUGUAAGCACAUGAUUUGGAACAUGUGUCCUUUGUUCUUUAAAUCAACUACAAGGAAAGUUGUAAAAUACUGUAUAUGGAAAGUAAAAUAAAUGGAAUGUGAAAUAUUUGAAUGACAUAAAAAUUUGUUGAUAAAUCCAUUAUAAAGAUGAUUAUGACUUUUGAUAACCUUUUCAUAAUAUUUUUAGCAAUAGUUCUAUUGUGCUAUGUUAUUGAGUCUACAUAUUACUUGUUUUUUGGAGUACUUAUUUAUGCUUUCCACUCAUGACUGCUGAGCUAUAAUUGACAUAAGGAGGUCCUGCCAGGAAUUGUUAAUGGGUAGCAUAGUGAUAUGUUUUCCUGUCAGUUAACAGCUUUACCCUACUUAUAUUCUGACAAUUUAGAUUGGUUCCUUCUUGAAAUUGUAUUGCUAGAAAGGAGUAUAGGCUCAGUCUGGCCAGAAUACACUGAUGGUUUUUUAUAGCUGAUUAUGAUGUUAUCUUUCACUUGUUUAAAAUUUUAUCCCAAUGCUGCCAAGUACAUCUAGUGUCCUUUAUAGUAAUAUUUUGUGAAUUGUGUUUGCAUGUAAAUAGCUCCACAAGUGUUCAGCUGCCAAGGAGUCAAUGAAUAGACCUUCGUGAUCUCCCCUACUUUCCCCCUUUCCUUGAGUUUUUGAGAAAAAAAUCUAAUGUUAUUGGUAAUGAUACUGUUAUUAUCAUUAUUGAAUUAUGAUUGUUAUAAUCCUAUUAGCUCAAUUGAAAAUAAUUAAUAGCUGAACUAGGUAUGAUUAGUAAUUGACUUCUUGGUAGUUAAGCACACGCGGAGCCAUUUAUGUGUAGACACAAUUAAGUAACUAAAAACACAAUGGACAUACCAUGUACCUACAUGCAUCCCUGUUGGCAUUGGCUUAAAAAUCACCCAAAGUGAAUGUGCAGCACAAGUACUAUAGUGUAUACAUGUCAUUAUGAAAUGAUUUAUUCUCACAUACUUUUUUGUACAAUGGUUGUAAUAAACGUAUACUUUUUUUUAAAA